AUGGAUUCUGGAUGUGUCUCAGUUUCUUCCGAUUUGAGUACCCAAUCAACAAUGCCAUAUAGCACAUAUCGUAAGCUAUCACUGGAAGAGCAGCGUAAAAAAUGCGAUCAGAAUGUAGAUACUGUAAAAGAUGCAACUCUGAUCGAUGAAAAUCCUCGAAUUGUGGCUACAGCAAUCGAAAGUACCACAGCGGUACGCUGUCAUGGGCCGAAACGUUACACAAAAAAUUGGCCCAGGCCAAAAUCGAUGUGUUGCGAUUACGCGGAUGAAAAUACUCCGAUGGUGGAUUCGCUUUCAUUCUCGCAAAUCACUCCACCACCGGUUCACCGUAAAUUCACUGCUGCUGCCGCAAAUUCGGGAAGAUCGGAAAAUACUCAGGUGUCUUAUUUUUAA